AUGUCUCGCUUCGUGCUGGCGGCGCGGCUGCACGGACAUUCGUCGGACGUGCGUGCUAUCGCCUCACACACUCUAUCGAAUGGGACACAGCUGAUUCUGUCAGGCUCGCGUGACCAGAGCGCUCGUCUUUGGGUGCGUCGACAUGACGGGACUCAUGACGUGCAUGUGCUCGACCAUGGCAGCGGGUUUGUGAAUGCCGUCGCCUUUUUCGUGCACGACACCGGGAUCUAUGCUUUGACAGCAGGGCAAGAUGCUCUCAUUUACGCUUACCACAUCGAUACCGACGGACCUGUGUCCGUAAGUGGCUCACCGACCCUCUCCCUGGUCGGACAUGCAUCCAAUGUGUGUUCACUGCGGACCCACAGCGCCUACAUCGUGAGCGGUAGUUGGGACUCGACGGUACGCGUAUGGAAAAACUGGGAAUGCGUCGCGACGCUGGCGGGGCACUCCCACUCGGUAUGGUCCGUACUCCCUAUCGAUGAGGACCGAAUCCUGUCCGCUUCGGCAGACAAGACGGUGUGCCUGUGGUCGAUCUCAUCGCCGAAAGAGCCGCUGUACGUGUUUGAAGGCGCAACUCAGGCAGUCCGCGAUAUCGCACGCGUGUCCGACACCGCCUUUGUGAGUGCCGGCAACGACGGCCAACUCCGUCUGUACCCGAUCCACGGCGGUGCGCCGUACAAGACGUUCGCAUCGCUUCCUGCCUUUGUGUAUGCCCUCGCACCACUCGCUGACGGUUUCGUGAGCAGCGGCGAGGAUCGGUGCGUGCGGGUGUGGGCGCAUGAUGCCCUCACGCAACUCGUGCCCGUACCGGCCUUGUCGGUGUGGUGUGUAUGCACACUGUCGAACGGGGAUAUGGCCUGUGGCGCGAGCGAUGGCACUGUGACCAUCUUCACUCGCGAUGCAGCUAGAGCGGCGCUUCUUCCAGAACAAGAAGCGUUUGCCGCGGAUAUUGCGACGCAGUCCCUGAGCGCGCCUGAAGUCCAGGGCGUGCGUGUGUGCGAGGAGCAUGAUACGACGCCCGGUGCCUCGGAAGGUGACGUGCUUGUGGUGCGCCAAGGCUCGAAGUCGACGCGGUACCAUUGGAGCACGCAUACGCAGCAGUGGAUCCCGACGGGCAUAGUAACAGAAGGCGCAUCGUCGUCUCAAAAGACACUGUUUGAGGGCAAGGCGUACGACUACGUGUUUGAUGUUGAUAUCGCAGAUGGUGUGCCGCCUCUCAAGCUGCCGUACAAUGUGACGGACAACGCCUAUGUCGCUGCCAGUCAGUUCUUGGAGCGUCAUCAACUGCCGGCCUCGUUCCUCGAUCAGGUCGUCCGCUUCCUCGAGAAAAACACGGGCGUGGUGGACGUAUCGACCACAGAGGCUGUGGAUCCGUACACAGGUACGUCUCGGUAUGUGCCGGCUCAGCCUGCGCCUCUCGCCACCCUGCCGCAGACGAGGUUCCUCUCGUUUACGCACGUCCAGCUGGCGUCGGCGCACGCGAAGAUGCUCGAACUCAGUCAGAGCGUGCCGGGUGCCACACUCUCUGACGACGACCAGGCGGCGGUGGCCGCCCUCGUAGCGGCCCUCGAGCAAGGCACAGGUGUCAUGCCGGUGGAUAUACUCGGCAAGCUCUUGCGCACCUGGCCCUUAGCAGCUCGAUUCCCGCUCCUCGACUUGCUUCGCGCAGCCGCCCUGCAUGCAUGCACACAGCCGUUGACGACGCUCGUGAGCGAUGCAUUGGUCGGCGCUGACUGGGACGGACUCGAUCAGGCGAGCGAUGUGCCCUCGGCACCGGCGAACGCCAUGCUCGCCCUGCGCACACUCGCGAAUGGAUUCGUGGCACCCCAAGGCCCUGCCACCAUGGCUUCACUGGCACUCGAGGCGCUGGCGACGCUGCAUCAGCCACCAUGGCAUGUACUCAACCGUGCGGGACACACGGCACUCGCGACCGUCGCCCUCAACUACUCGAUCCUCGCCGUCACACGGCCCACUUUUGAGCACGCCGCUCUGCUCCUCGAUAUCCUCACCGAUAUCCUACGGCACGCAUCCGAAAGUGAAAGUGUGUAUCGAGCGCUCGUGGCACUCGGCAACCUGGUACGUAUGUACAAUUAA